AACAGUACCCGGCGGCUCCAGCAUAGAUCGUCCUCUUCUAUCAAAAUAAUCACGGUCUGAUAAGCAAUGGCAGAUCAUAUGGAUGAGCCUCCGGUGAAGCGGGCGAAGGUGCGGGAUGUAUCCUCUGGCGAAGUCAUCUCAACCACACUCGAUCAGAUGUUCGAUCUGGAAAAUCAUCUGCCGGACGAAUUGAUGGGCGAUAAUGCGUGGGUGGAUUCGCUAAGUGGCGGCAAUAAACCGACUGGCCCGGGGCCGGGCUCGCAAAUGAAUGGUGACGACCCGGGCGGGGGCACCUCCAAUGUUCCACCUCAGGUGUCACAGCUGGUCCUGCAAAGACAGCAGCUUCAACAACAGCAGCAACAGUUGCAACAGCAGCAACUACACCAUCUUAUGCAGCAGCAACAACAGAAAAAUUGCAUAGUUGUGAACAAAAGUAUGUCGGGCCAGCCAAUGCUAGCGAUGGGACCACUCGGAAGCAGUAAGAGUCCUGGAGGAGGCGGCGGCGGCGGUAUGCUUUCGCCGAUCAACCAGGCGAUGGCCAACAACGUGGGAGUGAAUUCGAUGGCGAGUGGCGCAAUGCUGGGGAUGGGCGGUGGCAUGGGGCAAAACAGUGGCGGUGGUAAUGGCGCAGGCGGUACGGUGAUGCCAAAUACCAUGGGGCUAAGCGGUAGCGUGAUGUCCGGUGCCGGGACAACUGGACUGCAGGUGUUAAACAACAAUGCGCGACAAGGAACAAACGCAUCGAAUCCGUCAGGAGGGCCACCACCGGGGAUGAUGCACCAGAUGUCGAAUGCGCUUCAAAAUGGCCCAAUGGGCAAUCCGCGGUUGAGCCUCGUAACGAACGCUACCGGCCUGGCACCACGCCCACCAAUAAGUCACAUGAACUCAGGGCUCAGGCAGCUGGUUCAGCAACAGCAGCAGCAGGGCCAUAGCGUGGCUACAAUCGGUGGUCAAAUGGGUCAGAUGGGCAACGUUCCCGGUGGUAGUCAGUUUGUCGGUUACCAGCCGCAGCAAAACGUAUUAAAUGCGGCGAAUCUGCAACAGCAAGUACGUGGCUCGCCGCCGACGAUGAACCGUACGCCAAACGUUACGCUGACCAGUCGCAUGAGCAACCCGUUAACAGCUGGGAACAUGGGACCGACUGGUGGAAGCGCACCGAUGAGCAUUCCCACUGAUGGUGGCGUUUCGUCGCUAUCUUCUUCGUCGUCUUCUACGUUUUCUUCUUCCUCUACAUCUUCAUCCAACGUUGUUGGUCUGCAGCAACAGGGAAGUGGUAAUUCUGGUGCUCCUCAAAUAAGAUCUCUACCGGGUGGUCAAAAUCAACCACUGAGCCAGAUGAACGUUAACGUAGCACCCGGUGUAGGCAGUGCAGGAGUAGGUAGUACCGGUGGUUCCAGUGGUGGUCCCACAAUCGCUGGCCCUGGAAAUCCUCUCCUAGCGGAUCCGGAGAAGCGAAAACUUAUACAGCAGCAGCUUGUUCUGCUUCUGCAUGCACAUAAGUGUCAGCGUCGUGAAGCGGAAAAUCCGGCCAGCAAUAAUUGUUCCCUUGCGCACUGUCGCACAAUGAAGGAGGUCCUAACGCAUAUGCAGUCGUGUCAGCUGGGUAAAAAUUGCCCUAAAACGCACUGCUCCUCGUCUAGGCAGAUAAUAAAUCACUGGAAAAACUGCACGCGCCAGGACUGCCCAGUGUGUUUACCGCUGCGUGAUACGAAUAAAUUAAAACAGAAUCAAUUGUCUCAACAGCAGCAGCAGCAGCAGCAACAGCAGCAACAGCAGCAGCAACAGCAGCACGUGGGCCAGCAGCAGACUUCCCAACAAUCACAAUCUCAGCACCAACAAUCUCACCCGCAACAGCAACACCCUUCACAAUUGCAGCAGCCUCAACAGUUAAUGCAACAGCAAGACCAACACCAACAGCUGCAACAGCAGUUGCAGCAGCAAAUAGCGCAACAACAUCAAGAAGUUCUGCAACAUCAGAUACAGCAGCUGCCUCAGAAGCAACAGCAACUGCUAUUACAGCAACAGCAAGAUCAACAGCAAAAAGAACACAAGCAACAUCAACAACAGUUGCAGAAGAUCCAACAACAGCAGCAAGGACCACCUCAGUUAGGAGCGCAUCCAGAUAAAGACCAGCAACCGCAACAGCUUGCACCGCAACUCCAAUCGCAGCAACAACCACAGUUACUUCAAUCUCAUGCAAAGCAUCCACAGCAGCAAAUGCAGCAUAACAUACUGCAGCAGAAAAAAGUUCAAAUGCUCCUUCAGCAACAGCAGCAGCAGCAUCAGCAGCAGAAACAGGAUCAAAUGCUACAAAAAUCAUACUCACAACAGGCACAGAUUCAGACACAUCAACAGCAACAGCAUUCACAACAGAUGAGCCAUCAAUCGCAACUUCAGCAACAGCCAUUGAUCCCACAGCAGCAGCAACAAAUCCUGUUGCAGGAUACGAAAACAUCACUUCUAACGCAGCGGCAGGUGCAGCAGCAAACGCAGAACCAACCGCUACAACAACCUCAACAAUCACAGUCAAUCGUCCAGCAACAGACGCAGCAAACACAAGGAGCACAAUCCCAUUCACAGUCAUCGCAACAGCAGCAACAAAAUGUACUUUCAUCCGCCUCCAGUCAACAUGAGCAAAAGCAGCUUUUGCACCACCAACACCCGCAGAUGAUAUCUUCUCCGCUCCAGAAGCAUCAACAACAAGUAGAGCAAAGAAAGGACCAAGAUCAGUCGAAAAUUCAACAGCAGCUACAGGACGAACUCCAAGAGCCACAAAACCAACAAAAGCCCCAUGAGCAAGGCGAUCAAUCGAAACAGCAGCAGCAACAGCAUCCGACACAAUCAAUAUUGCAAGAACAACAGCCAGCUACUGACCUCAUGCGUUCUCAGGAAUUGAUGCAAGGUGCUCAGUCGGACGAUAAGCAGCAGCAACACUUGAAAUCAGACGACUCUGGUUUGAAGCAGACAGAUCAGCAAAUCAAAGAACAAGAACAACAACGUUCCGAUCAGCUGCUGUCAGCUUCGGCACAAUCAGAUCAGCAACCACAGGGAGACGGCAAACAGCAGCAGGAGCAACAACAACAAACGCUGACAAACAAAGACAUCGUGGAGCAACAAUCGGUAAAGCAGCUGUACCGUCAACAGUCAGAACAGCCAGGGCAAAGUGCCCAGGACCAGAAAGAUUUACAUUCCACUCCCAAGAACACAACGCAUCAAGAGCACAACACAACGAUGAAAGAGCAAGAGCAAAAGAAAGAGAUGCUGAAAAACGAAGUAUUUGCUGCCGAAGGUCAGGGUGGCGCUCAGUCAAGCAAUAAAGAAACGACAGAAAAGAACCAAGAAGUUCAACCGGAAAAGACUGGAAAUAAUGGAGUGGUGGAUAAACAGGAAAAACGUGAUACACUUGCUCAGCAGGAUCAAUCGGAUGUGAUAGAACAAAGCGACCUGCAGGUUGAUGGUAGUUGCGACAAGCAAAAAUUGCUCGAGGCGCAAGAAGAAAAUCAGCACGCACUGCACGAUCAAGAGAGUCGUUUGGAAGCUAGCGAACUUCAGGAUAAGCUGAAGCAUCAAGAUAAACAGGAGCAAGUGGAGAAAGUUGAUCUUACUGAACAGGCGGACGGACGAAGUGGAGAACUAAUGGACACAGCGCAAGGUUCGUGCGGUACCGUCGGCAGCGGCUUCCAAAAGCAAAAGGAACAAUCGUCUGACAAGUCAGAAGCCUGUCAUGGUCCAGAUUAUAAGGACAAGAAGCCACUCCAAGAACAAGAACCGAGAGAUAAACCAACAACAGGCACAGCGGUAGACGCGAUGGAGGUAGACCAAUCGUUGGAUGCAUCCGAGCAGCUGUCGGAAAACAAACGAGACAACCAUCACCAAGGGAGUUUAACAUCCUCUUCUGACAAGAAAAAUCACAACCAAGCGAAGGAAUCAGUAUUGGACCAAUCGGAAACGCAACAGCAUAAGGAUCAACAUGAAGGACCUUUGUCGGAGCAAGACAAGCACCGUGCAGAUCUGCUUCCCCUGUCGUCUGCGUGUGAUUUACAAAAACAGCAGCAGCAGGAUCCAAAACAACACGAGCAGCAGGAAGGGGCAGAGAAACCCCCACAUCUGUUUCAGUCGAAAAUGACGCCAAAGUAUCACACCGAGCAGCAGGAAUUGUCCAAAUCACAACAGUUGUCAGGUCCACCAGUGAAAAUGUCAAAAGACGAGCAACAGAAAACAGAUCAUCACCAAUCAAUGCAAGAUGACAGCAAAAUGCACAACGAUUCGCAGUCACUCGAUCAACAAGAAAAACAGCACGCUAAGCCUCAGGAGACACAAGCAGAGGACUCAAAGCAGCAACCAGAUCAAAACUGCUUGAAGCAAGAAAACCAGGAGUCAGAAUCGUUGAUGAUGGACGUAGAUCAAGAACCGGCAAUUUUGCAACAGGGGAAAGGAGCAGAAACUCAAUCGAAAGCAUCGGCGGAUCACGAUCCAUCAAUAGGUGUGUCUCACGAGCAGCAAGAGCAGACGAAGCAGGAGAAGUCCAAAGACAAGCCAACGUCUUCUCCACAGCAGCGGCAACAGAUGCUGUCCGAGCAGCAACAGAAACAAGACCAGCAGCAAUUGAAACCAUUAACACCGCUCUCCUCCCCACAACAGCCCAAGCUUACCUUGCAGCAGCAGCAACCGAAAUUGCAACAGUCGCACUUCCCUAAACAAGAUCAGCACCAACAAUUACCGCCUUCGCAGCAAGCGCUUCAAAAUCAGCAGCAGCUGCAGCUCCAGCAACAACAUCAGCAUUUGCAACUUAAUCAACAAAAACAACAACCUCAGCAGCAACAGCUUCUUUUACUGCAGCAGCUUCAACAACAAUCUGAAAAUCAACAACUUCAGUUGCAACAACAAAAACAAGCUCAGCAGCAGCAGCAGCAAGAACAACAAUCAGAUCAACAGCAGCAACACGAGUCACUGAUAUCUUUGCCACAGCAGUCGGUAUCGCCACUAUCGAACAUGCAGGCUAAUCAUCUCAAUAUUUUGCCUUCUGCCGGGGGUAGCGUUCUCAUAGCAACUUCACAGCAAGAAGGAGUGCAAGAGCAGCAUCAUGUGCUCAUCCAAGGAGGCAAUAAUACAGCAUCAGACACUGUUGUGGGACCUUCGCGUCCCUUCAAUCAGCUCGUCAAUAGUAUGCAACCGUCGCCCACCCCUGGUAGUCUGUCAUCGCAGCAACAACAACAGAAUCCGAUGGGAGGAGCAGGAGGCAUCGGUAGUAGUAUUAGAAGCAUGGCGGGUGGUCAAUGCGGCACCAACACGGGAUCAGUGAGGCUCAUGAUGCCACCAAAUCAAAUAGUGCCUACCAACAACAGUAACACCAGCAACAACAGCGGUAACAUGAUGCAAAGUGCAUCUACGAACGAUGCCUGCGGUGGUGGUAUGCUCCCUUCGGCUUGCCUAGCAGUGACAUCUCAAAAUAAUAGUACAAAUCAAAGUAUCACAGUGAAUGCCGCAAUGCAGCUACAGCAAUCGCAUAACAAUCUAUUGCAACCGGGAACGUCCGGCCAACAAACAAACGUUGUUCAACAAAAUACGCCCAUUAUUCCAAUGCCGAGUAGCAAUCCUAAUCAGUUGCUGUUCAGUAGUGCAGAUGGCAGCGGUCAGCAGAUGCCAGGAGGUGUUGGUGGGAUCACUGCAGUUACAACCUCACUGGCCAGUAGCGGAGCAGUCUGCAACACCACCACGACCGGUCUACAAACAAUGACGGCCGGAGGGAUAAACUCUUCCAGUGGCGGCGGCGGCGGCGGCGGUAGUAGCAGUGGUGCCGGAAACUUCCCUUCAAAUACUAUGAUUGCGGUGCCAGUACAGGGUACGAAGGAUUGGCAUCAUUCUGUUACUCCUGAUUUGCGCAAUCAUCUCGUGCACAAGCUUGUCCAAGCUAUCUUUCCAUCACCUGAUCCUUCGACGAUGUUCGAUAAAAGAAUGUAUAAUCUGGUAGCAUAUGCGAAAAAGGUUGAAGGUGAUAUGUACGAGAUGGCAAACUCACGUUCCGAAUACUAUCAUCUUCUUGCGGAAAAGAUUUACAAAAUUCAAAAAGAGCUCGAAGAGAAACGUCAGAAACGGAAAGAGCAGCAAAUGCAACUGCAGCAGCAACAGCAGCAGCAGCAGCAGCAGCAGCAGCAGCAACAACAACAGCAAAUGCAUCAGCAACAAAUGAACAAUGCCGGCGUUGGUGGUGCAGGAGGACCGCCACCACAUAUUGCAAACACUCAGGUUCGACCACUCAACCACACCCAAAUGAACCAAAUGUUGAGCGGUGCGCAGAUGCCUCGUCAGCUUGUCGGUAGCGGUCUCAUGGGUCAAGGAAAUAUCCCAUCCAACCGGAUGGCUCUUGUGGGUUCGGCCCAAGCGGCCCAACAAAUGUUCGUCUCACAGCCAGGCCCGAGUCCUAACAGUAUCGUUCACGGCGUAAAUAGUAUGAGUGGCACUGGUAGUGUCAACAGCAACACCGUCGUACUACCAGGCGGACUUUCACCAUUCGGCCAACAACAGCAGCAGCAGCCGAGUAUGAACAAUCACGCGCCCUCCCAACCGACACCCCAAACAAUGGGAGGGCCACAGGGCGGUGGACCGAAUCAACCUUUUCUGAAUGGACCAACAAUGUCGGAUAACUCGCAGCUUCAACAGUUCAACGACAUCGUUCGUGCCAAAUGUGCAAACUUGGCUGGUGGUGGCAACAUUGGAGGAGGCAACAAUCAGCUCACUGGAGCUACUGGACUGCCGGGUUCCCUAGGUAAUAGUCAAGCGAUGGCAAUGCCUCCAACCAUCUCUUCUGCAUUUGGCAGUGGCGGUGGUAAUGUUCCUCCGAACAAUGUUACCAUAGGCGGAUCGCAGCCUCCAAAUACGGGCAGCAACGUGACGGGAGCAGUCGUAGGGCCAGGAGGCGCUGGAAUGUUCCCGAACGCUCAGCUAACGGUUGGCAGUCCGAUGCUAAGUAGUAGCGGUGCAGGAAACUGCGCGGCGUUGACACCACAACAACGAAGCAUGGCUCUGAUGUCUGCUAACCUAGGAGGUGGCGGUUCUGCUGUAGUUGCAAGCCUUGGAAGCAGCUCCGAAUUGCUCGGCAACGCUUCGUCCUACUGUGGUGGGGUAGGUGGAUUAACGGCAAACAGCACCACCGGUCCCACGUCCAACGGUCUAAUUCUUGGACAAACACCCGCAAUCGCCAGUAGCAGUAUCGCUGCAUCAAGCGUAGUAGUUCCGCUGUUACUUGCCACGCCUUCAGAACCUUCCGAUUCACAGAUGGUGGUCGCCGCACCGACCUCGAAUGCUCCGCUUAACUUAACUCUCUUGACGUCUUCGACAUGCAGCACGCACAACAACUCAAUAACUCUUAAUGGAGCUAGUGGAGGCGGAUCAACUGCAACCACGCCUGCAACCCCAGCGCCUAUCUCAUCUAUCGCAUCGACAACAGCGGUCACUGCCCCGCAAAACAACUCCUCGUUUAGUGGUAGCAGCAUGGCGACAACAAAUGGCAGCAGUGGGAGCUUACUAAAUGCUAGCGGUUCAAGCCGCAGCGGGUGCUCAUCGUUCAGCUCCCAGAUGGCUGCGCUCGAAGCGGCCAUGGCCCGCGACAAGGAUGACUCGCCCGAACCUUGCAGCGUGAAAGAUGGCGGGGUCAAUAGUGUUGGUAAAAAUAAAGGAAAGCUGGGAUUGAAGCGUGAGGACGACAUGCGCUCCGACACUGAUAGUAACCACAUGGACACAUCGGCUGGCAACGAUCAGGUCGGCGGCGGCAGUGGGGGUGGCAAAAGCGUCAACAGCGAGUGCAUGAGUAUUAGUGCUGAUUGUAAGACUGAAAUGAUCGACAGCGGCGAUGGUAGCAGCGGCAGUGGCAAGAACAAGCUCGAGGUGGUCAAGUUCAAGGAUGAACCGAUGUCACCAUCGGUAAGUCCGAUGAACAUGGUCGUCAAAACGGAAAUCAAAUCCGGCAUCUACCCAGAGCCGACCAUUCAAACGAAUGCCAGUGAUAAUAAGAAAAAAUGCUCAUUCAAGCCGGAAGAACUUCGAGAAGCGCUGGUACCGACGUUGGAGAAAUUAGUGGCACAGGAACCGGAAUCAAUUCCUUUUCGUAUGCCGGUUGAUCCUAACUCACUUGGCAUACCAGACUACUUUGAUAUCGUGCGCCAACCGAUGGAUCUCAGCACAAUUCGUCAAAAACUAGAAGGCGGUCAGUACCACGAUCCGCGCGAAUAUGUCGAUGACGUGUGGCUGAUGUUUGACAACGCUUGGCUCUACAAUCGCAAAACAUCACGCGUUUAUAGAUACUGCACGAAGCUAUCGGAGGUCUUUGAGCAAGAAAUCGAUCCUGUAAUGCAGUCUCUGGGGUAUUGUUGCGGUCGAAAGUACACGUUCAAUCCGCAGGUCUUGUGUUGUUACGGCAAGCAAUUGUGCACUAUUCCGCGUGAUGCAAAGUAUUAUAGCUAUCAAAAUCGUUCUUUCGGCGCAUUGUCAACCAGAUACACCUACUGCCAGAAAUGUUUCAACGAGAUUCCAGGUGACACGGUAACGCUUGGCGACGAUCCGAUGCAAACGCAGACCCAAAUAAAGAAAGAUCAGUUCAAGGAAAUGAAAAACGACCAUUUGGAGCUGGAACCGUUUGUCGAUUGUCUUGACUGCGGCCGAAAGCAGCACCAGAUUUGUGUACUGUACCUCGAAACAAUAUGGCCCGGUGGUUUCGUUUGCGAUGCUUGCUUGAAGAAGAAGGCUCAAAAGCGCAAGGACAACAAAUUCAACGCCAAGCGGCUGCCAACCUCCAAGCUCGGCACGUACAUUGAGACGCGUGUAAACAAUUUCCUGAAAAAGAAGGAAGCUGGCGCUGGCGAAGUACACAUCCGCGUCGUAUCUAGCUCGGAUAAGCUGGUGGAGGUGAAGCCGGGUAUGCGCAGCCGUUUUGUGGAAUGCGGCGAGAUGUUGCCUGAGUUUCCGUACCGCGCUAAGGCAUUGUUUGCCUUCGAAGAGGUGGACGGAAUCGAUGUUUGCUUCUUCGGUAUGCACGUGCAGGAGUACGGGUCCGAGUGUGCAGCACCGAAUACGAGGCGCGUGUACAUUGCUUACCUCGACUCUGUGCACUUCUUCCGACCACGACAGUAUCGAACGGCCGUUUAUCACGAGAUACUACUCGGCUACAUGGAUUACGCCAAGCAGCUCGGUUACACGAUGGCCCACAUCUGGGCCUGUCCACCGUCGGAAGGCGACGAUUACAUAUUUCACUGUCACCCGCCGGAGCAACGUAUCCCAAAGCCAAAGCGCCUGCAGGAAUGGUAUAAGAAAAUGUUGGACAAGGGUAUGGUAGAGCGCACGAUACAGGAUUACAAGGACAUUCUGAAGCAGGCUAUGGAAGACAAAUUACAAUCAGCGUCGGAGUUGCCGUAUUUUGAGGGAGAUUUUUGGCCGAACGUGCUAGAAGAAAGUAUCAAAGAGUUGGACCAGGAAGAAGAGGAAAAGCGCAAGCAGGCGGAACGCGAAGAAGCUGCUGCCAAUGCGAUGCAGAUGUCAAUGAACGAAGACAGUGAUACUGUUGCUGAUGGCAAGAAGAAAGGCCAGAAGAAGGCGAAAAAGUCUAACAAAUCUAAGGCGGCUCAACGGAAGAGUAAUAAAAAAACAAACGAACAAAAUGGAAAUGAUCUCAGCGCAAAAAUAUUUGCCACAAUGGAGAAGCAUAAGGAAGUGUUUUUUGUCAUUCGUUUGCAUUCGGCACAGUCGGCUGCUAGUCUUGCGCCAAUACAAGAUCCGGAUCCGCUUAUCAACUGUGAUUUAAUGGACGGUCGAGACGCCUUCUUAACACUCGCCCGGGACAAACAUUACGAAUUCUCGUCACUCCGCCGCGCUCAGUUCAGCACUCUUUGUAUGCUUUACGAGUUGCAUAACCAGGGUCAGGAUAAAUUUGUCUACACGUGCAACUAUUGUAAAAAUCAUGUUGAAACACGCUAUCACUGUACGGUCUGUGAUGAUUUCGAUUUGUGCAUAACGUGCAAAGAAAAGGUUGGCCAUCCGCAUAAAAUGGACAAAUUAGGAUUCGAUCUCGAUGACGGUUCAUCUCCGACGGAUGUGAAGCAAACAAACCCGCAGGAAGCGCGUAAACAAUCCAUCCAGAGAUGCAUUCAGUCGCUGGUUCACGCGUGCCAGUGUCGCGACGCCAACUGCCGGUUGCCAUCGUGCCAAAAGAUGAAGCGUGUAGUGCAACACACUAAGCACUGCAAGAGGAAAACGCACGGUGGCUGCCCGAUUUGCAAGCAGCUGAUUGCGCUCUGUUGCUACCACGCCAAGCACUGCCAAGAGGCCAAAUGCCUGGUUCCGUUCUGUCCCAACAUCAAACAUAAGCUUAAGCAGCAACAGCUCCAACAGAGAUUGCAGCAACAACAACUUCUUCGACGGCGUAUGGCGGUAAUGAAUACGAAUCGCAUGGGUGCCCCUACUCCCCAAAUCCCCCAACCGAGUAAUGGCGGUGGUGGUGGUAAUGGAGGCGGUAGUGGCAUGAGCGCUUCGGUUGUAUGCUCAACUGGUGUAAUCGGUCCGUGUGCGAUCGUCGCUGCUCCACCGUCAUCGGCUGUGAAUAAUGUCGCCCUUGUUGGUGUUCCCGCUGGCAAUACGGUUAACGCGGCAGCGGUAUCGGCAGGCAUGGGCUGCGGGCUAGGUGGUACCCCUGGGGUCAUGAGUCCUUCGACGGCACCGAACGCUCCCCUACAAAUGAACGCUAUUGGUGGUCCCCAUCAUGGUGGUAUUGGCAUGAAGCCUGGCGCUCAAACUCCACCGGCCAAUGUGUUACAGGCUGUUAAACAGGUGCAGGAGGAAGCGGCCCGGCAACAAGCCCCCCACGUCGGUUACGGGAAGGUAAAUCCAGUAAGCCAAAUGCCUCCACCCGUGAUGCAAAGAACGAUGCCAGGAACGCACAUGGCUGCAACGGUGGGCGGUGUGAAUGUGUCUGGUGUCGUAGGGGUUAUGGGAAAUCAACAGACGCAGCCUAGUGGCACUGGUGGACCGGUUGUUGGCAUAUCGAUGGGUGGUAGCGUCGGACCCGGUGGUCUUGCACCGAAUGUCAUGCAAAUGGACCAAUGGGCCAACGCUCGGUAUCCUAAUGGUGGUGGUGGCGCUGGAGGCGGUAUCGCCGGCGGUGGUAAUCAACAAAACCCAGGAAUGCGUCCUUCAUUGCCAAUGAUGCCCCAGCAGCAACAACAAUCACAGCUUCCCAAUAUGUUAUGUGGAGGACAAAUGAUAACUCUGAGCCGCCAGGGACCGGGUGCAGUGAGUAUGCAGAGCGGUGGUAUGAUAGGGAACGCUCAGCAACAGCAAGCAGCAAGCAAUCCACAAAAUCCACAGUCGGCUGGCCAGCCGCCACUCGCCUCCAAUCAACCGAAGCAGGCUAUAGCGCAACUGAUGGCAACUCUAAAAAAUCCGGCUGCAGGUCCUGAACAGCAACAACAAUUACUGUCAAUACUCAAAGCAAAUCCACAGCUAAUGGCUGCGUUCAUCAAGCAGCGACAACAGGCCCAGAAUCAACAAAAUCAAAAUCAGGUCGGGAUGACGCCGCAACAGCAACAUACUGUAAUGCAUCAAGGACAAGUUCAGCAAGUGCAGACAGGCCAACCGGUGAUGGUGUACAACCCAACGGGGGCUGGUGGUCAGAUGCCCACCAACCGACUGCAGGGUGUGCAGGGUAUGGUGGGUGGUGGCGGUAAGCCGGGAAGUAAUCCAUCGAUGCAAAUACCGAUGUGGUACAAACAACAGCAGCAGCAGCAGCAGCAACAGCAACAGCAACAACAGCUGAUGCUGCAGCGCCAGCUGGCCAUGUCUGGAGGAAAUGUUCAGCCCGCUCCACCCUACAACCAACGCCCGAGACCCCAGCAACAGAUGGUGGUUGGAGGUUAUGGUCAAGCUGGCAUGUUCUCAGACCAACAAACGCAACAGCAGUAUAUGCAGCAAGCCAUGCAGAAACCAAAUCCUCAGGCCCAGCCAGGUGGUGUCGUGGGGGUUAAUGUGCUUUCUCAGCAAUUGCAACAAGCGCAGCAACACCAAGCGAACCAGGGAGGGGGCAUAAUGGGCCCUCCAAACCCUCAGCAGCACGCGAUGCAGCAGCAGCUAAUGCAAGCCGUACGCUCGCCCCCUCCCAUUCGUAGCCCACAGCCGCAGCCUUCACCACGUGCAGUUCCAUCCCCGCGAGCACAACCAUCGGUGUCUCCGAGGGCCCAACCAUCACCACACCAUAUUCCCUCGCAUUCUCCAGUGCCACCCCAUACACCAGGUGAUGUACAUAAUCAUAUGCAUUCCCAUCAACCGCCUACCGGUGGAAACGUCGCCAUCAUCGGCAUGGGGUCCAUCACCGGGGGAACGAUGGUUGCUACUACCAGCAUAGCAGGCGUCGUCGGGAUGCCGGGACCUGGCGUAAGUGGUGUCGUCGGUGUGGGGCCCGCCAAUUCCAUGUCCGUCGUUGGUGGUGUGGCCGGAAUGGGUGCUGUGGGAGGAGGUGUGGUUGGUGGCGUUGGUAUAGGCGGCGGCAACAGCAUACAGCAGGACCACCCUGGUCAAAGCGGCAUCAUUGGUCCCGCGGGGAGUGUCACCAACAACGCCAACGAUACACCGCUGCAAGAUCAGCUGACCAAGUUUGUGGAGCAGUUGUAGUAGUAAUAAGUAUUAAGCCAUGAUUUAGGCUAGCAUAUAGGGACUCCUUGCAAUUUGAUAUUACCGAUCUGUGAAGAGAUGAGACUUCCGAUUCCGAGUAUGCGGAUAAUAAUGGACACGAGUAAAAAGUGGUGAGCGAGGCGGUAGCCGGGAAAAGUUGAUACUUGCUUCAUGUCACUUUUAAUUCAUUUUUUUGAUUCGAUGCUUGUCAAAUAUUAUCGAUCUGUGAAGAGAUGAGACCUUGGAUUCCGUGUAUGGCGGAUAAAAACGGGCACGAAUGAAAAGUGGUGAGAGCGAGUGGGUAGCCUUGAAAAGUUGAUACUUGCUUCAUGUCACUUUUCAUUCAUUUUUUGGAUUCGAUGCUUGUCUAACUAGUUUAUGUUUUUAACGAUUGUGUGGAAUAGUUCGAUGCUUAAAUGUUUAGUCAUAAAAGAACAUGUUGACAAUUCAAAAAGAAGAAAAGCAAAAGUUAAAAAAAGCAAAUACUGUACAUACUACCGAAAAAGGGAAGGAGGGGUGUGCCUAGCGUAUGUUAACCCAUAUCCGCUUUAGGAACUUAAAAUUAUAGUCUUCAGGUAGGGAUUAGUUAGGAUGAUAUAUCUACACUAAAACAGUAGGCAGAAACAGUAAAUUAUGAUAAUAGACGGCCUUGCGAAGGAAUAGAGGAAAUGGCUAAAAUAAUUGCGAAAUGGCUAAAAUAUUGGCGUAAUUUAAAACGUAAGCUAAAAAACCACGGAUCUUAUCCAUGUUUUAACAAUGUCUGCGCAACCAUUAUAAUUCAUCAUGAUGUUCAUUUGGUAUUUAUACCAAAUACGUACUUUAAGUUUGCUGUUAAUAGUUAACCAUCUUUGCGUUUAUCAUGUUUGUCAGAGAAGAUUAAAAGUAACACUAUCUAUCCAUAUAUGUACAAGGAUUCUGGAUUACAUAAUCUUUCACCUUGUGUUUAGCGUAUAUUUGUUAGCAUACUUUAUUUUUUAUGUUCGGCUCGUCUAAUCCAAUGCGACUUUGGUUCAUUGUACAUUUGUUAGCAUACCUCAUUUUCUACAUAUGUUUUGCUUGUCUAAUAGAUUUUGAGUAAUACAUCAUGUGCUUUAGCAAUAAGUUAAUAGGAAAACCAAAUGCUUUAAUUUAGUGUAUUGAUGUCGAAAGUAGCAUAUUAAUGCGAUCAAGCAUUCGGAUUUGCAGAUUCGUUUCUCCGGUCUUUUUGUUAGUAAUCGGGUGUAGAAGGUGCGUAUUAUACAGAGUCUCGUCGAAAACUCAAACGCGGCUUUUACCUUCCAAUAUAAUAUAUUUAGGCACCGCAAUCGAUCAUUCGAGCGAGAAUAAUUUUUUUCUAUUGUAUAUAAACUUAUGCAGGUACUUUUUUAUUAUCUAUGGAUUAAUCAAAGCAUAUGAAAAGUAAAGUGGGAUGCAAAUGAGCUGUAAAUAAACUAAGUCACACUAAUAUGAGGACUGAAAAUUAAGUAUACAUUACUACUAUUAGGUUGGUCACGUUCACCGGACAUUCUGUAUCGUAGUUGAACGUCUUAAAAGCAUUCACAUACUACUCGAACUCGAAUGUUGAUGGCAGAAGUGCAAGCGCAACAGUGAACCCAGCAUGUGCAUCUGUUGGGAAAUAUAUGUGUAGAGGAGGUCAUUACACAUUAGAUAAGAUGAAACAUAGCAAUCGUCGUGUUACUGUUUUAAAAAUGAACAGCCUACCAACCAGCUCCACAGUCUUAAAUACACGCUAAGGGAGAGCUCUAGCGAUGAUAGAACUAAGAUAGUAGAAUGCCGUGGAUAAGCUAAUUUAUGGCAGCAUAAGGUUACGGAAGAAAGGAUAGCUAUAUGAGGAAAAAAUAAACAAGAAGAACGUCGGGAAUGAACGUAAAACACACAGACUCUACUAUCUAGCUAGUAUCACCUAUACAUAUACUUCAAUAGACAUUAGAUCAGCAAAAAACCAUGGUGGAAAAAAAGGUCUCUGGUAUAUAUAUUUUAAUUCAUUUUGUGUUCGGUUUCCCGAACGAUUGUACAUACAUUAACAUUGUACAUAUGAUCCAAGAGAGAUAAGCAAUUUUAUACCACGAAGCCUUCACAAUUUUUUUUAUAUGUUCUUAGCUAUAUUAUCAAUUAUGAAAAUUAUGAAACAUCAUCAAGAAGCGAGAAUUAAGGACGAAAACUGUCCGAAUCAAUCUUGUUUGUUACUGAAGACGAUAGAGAUUGCUGAGGACUACAUUUAAUAUACACAUAUUACAUAUUUCACAACUCUACUGUGCGAGUAAGAUUCCUGUGGGCUUAAUUAAAAUAACAGAAGCAAAAGUAAGAACUACAGGAAGAGAAAGAACGAGAGAGAAAGGUAGAGCGAGAGAGAGCGUGCGAACGAGUGAGACAGAAAAGAAGAAAAGGAAGAAAUUGAAAAAGAUAGAAAGAGAGGAUAAAUUUAAAUAAAAUAAACACUUAUGAUGAUAAGUCCAUGGUAGUAAUUAAUUUAUAACAAGAAUAUUUCUGUAGACAUGUCCCGUCGUAGUGGAGAAAAAUCGCCGGAUCAUUAAACUUCUGAUUCAAUUGCACAAAAAGGGUGAAAUAAAUGAUAUGCUA